ACAUAAUCUUCAUAAAAUAUAUUUACAUAUCUAAGAUAACAACCACCUAAAUGUAAAUAAGAAAUUAAUAAAAAAUUUAAUAUACAGAAUAAAAAAUAUUACAGUUGAAUUCGUAUAUGCAAUCUAAUUUAUCCAAAUAAUAACUAAUCGACUAAAAAAGAACAAAACCGAUUAGAUAUAACAUAUAUAAAAAUUAAAGUAAUAAAAUAUUAUUAAUAUGAAUGAUGCAUAUAAAUUAUAAAUUAAUUUAAUAUUAAAUGUAAGCAAUCAAUUAUUAUAAUAUAUUUACUUUAGAAAUAUUUAUAUCCGUGCAUGAGCACGAGAAAAUCUCCUAGUGGCAAAUAGUCAAAUAGUUCAACAAACCUCUGCAUAAUUACAUUUACAUACAUCAAAAUGAAGGCAAUGGAUUGUCUGGACUAGGAUUUACCAUGGUGGACAUAUUUAUAUCAACGUAUUUGAUGCUAAUUAAUUUAAUUUAAUAUUUAAACAUUAAUUGAUAUAUUUAUAUAUUUGUCAUCAAUUGAACAGUUUUGAUUAGGACUCUACAAACCAAAUAAGUAACUUUGUAUUAAUUGAUAUACAUUUCCUUUUGUCUUUUUAAACUAACAUACACAAUAAAUCGGCUGAUUACUAAUAAUGCUAGUAGGAUGCUGAAAAUUUCAUAGGUUGACUUUUGUAUUUUAUUAUUGACGAUACUGUCUCAUUCUUCUGUCCUCUUUUUUUUUGUCGACGAUAAGGCUGUCGCAUUUAAAUAACGUUAUUUUUGGAAAGAAUAACGUACACUUGUUAAUUAAGAAGAACUUAUAAUCAUUAGACCCAAAAAGAUCUUAUAAUCUUAGUCUUACAGACACUUCUACAUUAAUCGAGCAUACGUUAACAAUUUCUUCGGCAAUGAAGUACAAUAUUUGAAGGAAUUAUAAAAACAUAGAAAUUACUCUUCAACCAAUCGCAAUAUACAUACAUUCUUUAAGGUUUGACUUUGCGGUUUAUUGAUAUUAAAACAUCAUUAAAUAUAAAUUUCCUUAAACUCUACAUGCUGCCUUAUAUGUUUUUUAAAACUUGAUGAAUUGAUCAAAACUCAAAAGAUGUAUAAGAUAUCCAAAUAGCAAUAUGUUAAAGGAAACCAAAUGUAUUUUGUAACAUAUACGAGGUCUGUACCUAGAACUAGACUUCGUAUAUGUUAUGCUAGGGAAACCAAAAGUAUUUUUCAUGUUUCAUGUUUUAGCCUUAGUCUUUAUUAGAUUAAGCCUAACAAUGUAUCUAAGGAUCUUUUUUAUUUUUUUUGGGGAUUCUUAGAUAGCCUUUGCUACUUCUAGCAGAAUUAGAUCCAAGCUAUUGUAUCUCAAUGCCAUUUCUAUGAAAUGAAUUCACAUUUUGUCAAAAAAAAAGAAACCAAAAGUAUUUUGUAACAGGUCUGCUUUAUAUGCAUCCCCCAUGUUUUUUCUAUCUCUGAUCACUUUUAACUUCUUUACCUAUUUGAUGGCAUUAUAUGUUUAAUGACUUGAACUAGAUCGAGUUUAUUAAAUGAAAAAAAAAUCAUUUACAUUUUAUGUUAUACUAACGAGCUGAAUUUACAGCAUUUUUUUUAAACAACUUGCUGAAUUUACAACAUUAAAGUAUAGAACUCAUCGUACAGCCUCUCUAAUAUUCAAUCAAGAAAAAGAAAACUAACAUAUAUAUUCGAUACAUCGGCAAGGCAAGUACAUUUAUAUUAUUAUUUUUUAAGAAAUUAAUUAAAGAAGAGAAACUUGAAAAGGCAAAUAAAGGGCAAGUGUAUCCAAUGCAACCUUCACAGUGAACACGUCCCACGUUCUUUUUCUUCCCUCUUUUAGAACCCUCUCUCUCUCCCCCCUCCCAUCUUGCCACUUAUCCUCUCUCUCUCUCAUCUUUUCUCUCUAUCUCACCGGAAAAAGAAAACACCGAUUCAAUAAGACGCCGUUAGAACACGACCAUGUUGGAUCUCAGUCUUGGUAUGUUCUCUAACUAUGGAGAAGAUCAAGAUCGCAAAGUACCAUUUGUCUCAACCGCCGGUGACGAAGAAUCUAACAUCUCCUCUUCGUCUUCCAAAGAUUCCGCCGCCGGAAAAGAUUUCAUCACCUUUGGGAUUCUCAAACGCGACGAUGAUGUCGUUCCUCCUCCUCCUCCUUCUAGAGAAACCGGAGAUCUUUUCCCCGUGGCUGAUGCUCGCCGGAACAUUGAGUUCUCCCUAGACGACGGUCACUGGUUGAGACUGUCUUCUUUACAGAGGAACAAGCAGCAAGUGGUAAAGAAGAGCAGAAGAGGACCAAGGUCACGAAGCUCCCAGUAUCGUGGCGUCACUUUUUACCGUCGCACCGGUCGUUGGGAAUCUCAUAUUUGGGAUUGUGGAAAGCAAGUUUAUUUGGGCGGGUUUGAUACUGCCUACGCAGCAGCAAGGGCCUACGACCGAGCUGCUAUCAAAUUUCGUGGUCUCGACGCAGAUAUCAACUUCGUUGUGGAGGAUUACAGACAAGACCUCGAUAAGAUGAAGAAUUUGAAUAAAGUGGAGUUCGUGCAAACACUUAGGCGAGAAAGUGCGAGUUUCGGAAGAGGAAGUUCCAAAUAUAAAGGCUUGACUCUUCAAAAAUGCACCCAACUCAAAACUCAUCACGAUCAGAUUCAUCUCUUCCAAAACAGGGGAUGGGAUGCAGCAGCAAUCAAAUACAAUAAUGAGUUGGGAAAGGGAGGAGUCAUGAAGUCUGGUGCCUCUAUUAAAGGAAAUAUUCACAAUGAUCUUGAAUUAAGUCUUGGCAUUUCAUCAUCAUCGCAAAAUAUAAAGCUGACAACAAGCGACUACUACAAAGGUAACCAAUCCGCGAUGGGUUUAUUCGGUAAGCACUCACCGAUCUAUUUACCGGUGACGACGAUGAACCCUUUAAAGACAGUUGCAGCAUCAUCAGGAUUCCCUUUUAUCACCAUGACCACAUCCUCCUCUUCCUCCAUGUCCACUAGUUUUGAUCCAUAAGAUCGAUAUAUACUACUCUAUUUUAAGUGUUUUGUUUAUUCUUCUGAUUUUUUGUAUAUCGAACAUAAAUUUGAUCCAUAAUGAGUGAGAAAUAUUAAACGUAUUUGUUCUAACUUCAA